UUUCCAAAUGUGUCAUGGAUCACGAGUUUUUAGACGAUAUCUACAUUUCUAGUAAAUCAUUUUGCUGGUAGUUUCGUCUACUAUGAGACUCUACAUUUUGAUUCCAACAAAACAGAUUCGUCAGUGUGAGAAACUUUUUCAUUCGCUCAAAUCCUUUUUGCAUGUCUUCGACACAAAUAGCCUAACCGAUGACCAUGGCUAUGUAGAGACUGGGAUCAAUGAGUAACUCUUAUACCCGCCGGUACCGGACUCAAGCGUCCACCUCUGAGGUAGAUGAAACCCUGUUCGGGAGCUCGACAAAGUUGGACAUAGGUAGCAACUCAGCCUGCAAGUCCAAGAAUAAGUCCCGGCACUGCCAAGAUGGAGAGGUUGUUCAAAUAAUAACCAAAGACCUCAUUCGCAAUCUCAGGAUCCCAUUAAAGGAUUCUUUAGGAGAGUUCAUUAUCCUACCAUCAGCUGAGUAUGAGCGGUUGGCCUCAAUGUCCCGGGUUCCUAUGAAGGAGGAAAGAGUGGGCCCGACAGAGGCUUGUCAUUUGAAGAAAGAAGAGGAAGAAGCAGAGGACAGAAAGCACAAAAUCCUUGAGGCUGACCUGGCCCGCAGAAAAAGAAAGGGACUGACUGAGCUGGAACUGGAGUCCCAGAACCAUGCACAGCGCCUGAUAGAGUACUCCAAUGGCCUCAGGCUCGAGCAGGAGGAAGAGAUCAAAAAGCUUAACAUGCUGAUUUUAAGUGCUCAGUGUCAAGCCACACGUGAUGCCCAGAUCAAAGAAAAAAAACAGAUCCAGGCGGAGUUAUCAGAGGAGGAGAAGCGUCUAGACGACAUGAUGGAGGUGGAUCGCCGCAAGGCCUUGGCGACCAUGGAGCAAAUUGAUGAGCUGGUCAAAGACCAGAGAAUGAAUGGGAUGCAGCAAAUUUACAACCAAAUCCUACAACGUCUUGAGGAUGAGCAAUUACUCAAGGAAAUGAAAGAGCAGGAAAAACAACAGAUGCGAGAAAACCAGGAGAAAAUGAAUCUGGAAGACCUAAAGGCCCUUGAGAAGAAGAGGGAGGAGCAACAGCGCCUGCUGGGGGAGGUCAGGCACAUCAAUGCUGAGACCAUGUGGGCUAAGGAGCAGAGGAGAGAGGAGGAGAAGCUGGCUGAUAUGAGAGAUAUGGAAUAUAUCAAAAACAAACUGGAGCGGGAGGCAGAAUUUGAAGCAGAGCAGAGAUGCAUUAAGAAACAGAAGGAGUUGGAGAUUGCCAGAAUGAGGGCCAAGCAACAAAGAGCAAAAGACUACAAGGCAGAGCAGGACGAGAUCCGCACCAUGAGGAAUCAAGAAGUUACAGACAGAGAAUGGAGGAGAAAAGAGAAAGAUCUGGCUGCAAAGAAAACACAAGAAGAAGGAAUGUUGAGGAUGGCCCGCUUGGAACAGGUUCGGUGCAAAGAACACUUGCUGUCGAUUGAAGCUGGCCGAGAGAAAGCCGAGAUUGAACGGCUGCUAGAGGUACAACAAGAAGCCAUAAACAAACAGAAAGAGGUGGAGGAAAAGCAGCGUCAGAAUGCAAAGCAUCACGCAGAGGCCAUCAGACAUCAGGUGAAGGAACAACAGCUCUCAACCAUACUUAAACGCAGAGAGAUCUUCAAGGAGGCUGAGUGUUUGGUUGAAGAAGCCCGCCAGAGACGUGCGCGCCUUAAUGAGAUCAAAAUGAAGAAGCUGAAGGAGCUCAAGGCUACGGGGCUCUCUGAGAAAUACUGCAGUGAAGUGGAAAGGAAGGUCAAGGCAUUUUUACUCUGACUCACUCAUAUCUGUAAAUGACAUGAAGCCAUAACAUCUUAUUCGGUAUCAUUACAGGAGGAAGAACAUAUUAAGUACUACUUGACAACACGUAUGUGAACAACUAAUAAAGAUCUAAACUUCCAUGGCUUUAA